AUGGAUGAUAGAGUAAGAUUAAAAGUGUAUUAUCAUGGCCAUAUUUUAUUACAAACAUCAGAAGGAGUGAAAUUUGUGUGUGAUAAUCUGUUAGAUAUUAUUAUUCCAUUCACACUGUCAUUUGAAGAAUUAAAAGGUGUCAUUUGUGAGAAGAUGGAUUCUCAAAUAUUUAGGAGAGUGUCGUGUAUUCUGUACAGAUAUCCUAUAUCUGUCUUUGGUGGGUUCGUGCAAUUCCAAACGAAAUACAUGACCGACGAAGCGAGCAUGCAAGAAAUGUUUUCAGUUGAUAGUGAAGAAGAGUUCGAAAGUAACUACGAGGUUGUUGAUCCAGGUGUAGACGAAGAUCAAGCUGACGAGGCUAUGGUGGCAGAUGUGGCGGAUGUGGCAAAUGCACUAGCAAAUCAGCAGCCGUUUGUGGAGCCGAGUUUCAUGCGGUCGUUGGAUUUGGAGGCCAUGCAUGCACUGGAGUUUCCUCAAUAUGUAAAUGCAGGUUUGUCAGCAGAGCUUCCCCUUAUGCCAGAUGGUGAAUUUACUGUGGGAAUGGAAUUCAGUUCUAGAGAGGCAGUAAUUAAGGCGAUGAAAGAUUAUACAAUCCGCAGAGGUGUAGACUAUCGGGUGCAUGAGUCAGAACCAACGACAUUCUAUGCUAAAUGCACCCAGUAUGGUGCAGGAUGUGAUUGGCUGAUCAGGGUGAGCAAAAUGUCCAGAAAGUUCUGUUGGGAGAUAAGGAGGGUGAAAUCAGUGAUUGCGGAAGUACAGUCAAAGUUUAAAUACACCAUUAGUUAUCGCAAAGCAUGGUUGGCAAAACAGAAGGCAGUGGAGUCAAUUUUCGGAGGGUGGGAAGUUUCGUACGAAGCCUUGCCGAUAUGGUUUGAGGCCAUGUGUCACAAGGAGCCAUCCGCAGUUGUUCAUUUUGAAACAAUGCCUGCGUACCAGGGAGUUGACUUGGUUCCUAAUAUUCGUGUACUACACCGAGUCUUCUGGAGUUAUUACCCUUGUAUUAGAGCCUUCAGACAUUGCAAGCCAAUAGUGCAGGUAGACGGAACUCAUUUGUAUGGAAAAUACAAGGGUUGUUUGUUGGUUGCAGUCUCACAGGAUAGCAACAACAACAUCGUGCCGAUUGCAUUUGCGAUAGUUGAGGGAGAGACAUCUGAGGCAUGGCACUUUUUUCUGAGUAACUUGCGACAGCAUGUUGUGACACGUGACGGUGUGGGCCUUAUCCCCGAUCGGCACGAUUCCAUUAGGUCUGCUAUUGCUCGUAGUAACGGAGCUUGGUCUCCUCCCAGAGCAUUCCACAUGUUUUGCAUCAGACACAUAGAGUCCAACUUUCUGAGGAAAUUCAAGGCUCCGUAUCUGCAGAAGCUUAUCAUCAACAUCGGUUACUCGCGAACAGUUCGCGAGUACGAGACGUGUUAUCAGCGUUUACGUGAGAGGGGUGAGGCUUAUACCAACUGGUUGGAUCGAAUUCCGCGUGAGCAGUAUGCUUUAGCAUUUGAUGGGAGUAUCGAUGGGGUCAUAUGA